AUGAAUAGACUACAUCAUGAUCAAUACCUGUCGCGGCGCUACACUGAGAAACUGAUCCCCAUAGAGUAUUCCGAGGAAGACGACGACUACGUUGUAGAAAAUUAUAAUGAGUUCGAGUAUAACCAAUCUGAAGGAGAAAGGCAUCUGGAUAUCAAAAAGUUGAAAAAGCAGAGCAUUUCCAGAUUGCACAAUAAAUGGAACGAUAUCUUAGAAAGAUACUCUAGGAUAGAUGAUUCGAAGGAAAGUGAUGAGAUAGAUAUUAUAACGGGUGAUAUUAUCACGGAUAAUGGUCAUUUGAGGUCAAUGGGUAUCAACCAAGAGAGAAACCCUAACAACCGUAGCUUAUCGAAUAUAUGGUCGGUCAACUUUGAUUGGGAGAAUGAUAAUUUAAAUGCGAAGAGAAAGGAGUCAAGAUUGAAGAAGAAGAAGCUGGAAUUGAGAGCAAAGUUGAAGGAACAGGACCUCUUUCAUGUAUACAAGGAUACGACGAAAAGAGUGCUUGAAGAUCCGAAAAAUCGGGAAGUCUGUAAUGACAAUAUGCUAUUGUUGACUCCUUCACCAGUGAAAAGAGCAAGGUUGGAGAAAGAGAACGAGAGCAAGGCUCCCCCACCUCCUAAAUUGUUCCAGAAUGAGCUUAACGGACUAAUGCCUAACUUAAUGAGAGAUUUGGGCUCAAGUAGCUCAAAUAAUGUAGAUUUAAUGACGGACUCUGCCACAGAAUUGAUUGAUAAUGAGGACUCCGACCCUGGAUCGGCAUCAGACUCACUCAGUGAAAGGAGUUCCAGCUUUGAUGAUGAGUAUCUGAUCGUCUCAUCACCAUUGCAGCCGAAAUCUAAGAGAUCAAUCUACAAUUGCGCAUUCGAGAAUUGCCACUAUUGUACGGGGAACAAGUCGCUAUACCAGAGCCACUUGCUAGAGAAGCAUUCGGUGACAUUAAGAGAGUUGGGUUAUCCGGUUAGUCUUGAUGGAUCAGCGACUCAAAACGACACAAUUUCCCUUAGCUCUAAACGCGAAUUACUAAGAGACUUUCCAUUAGUUUUGGAAGUCCCGCCAAUUCCCGACACGUUUAAUGGUAGGCCAAUAGUAUGUGGACACAAAAUGCUGAAUGGACUUGAGUGUAAGAAAUUCUUUCUCGAUGAUUUACAAGACCACAAAUGCUCUCACAAAAGGCAAGUUUUGCUUUGUCCAUUACUAGGAUGUGGAUUCAUGACCGAUGAGGGAUACUUAUCAUGGAGAAAUCACUUUAUUGAGGAGGGUCACUGUAGAGAGUACGUGAGCUCUAAAUCCAUGAACGCAUUCAAUGGCCAACAAACACAUGACGAUGGCUACGAUUCCAUAGAGGAACUAUUCAGUGAUUAG